CCUUGCGCCAUGAGUGGGCGAAAAACCAAGCAUCCCAUAGCGUCUAUCAAGAGAGCGGAGAUAAUGUUGGAUCAAGAUGAGAUCAUGAAAGCCAUGCUUGCCGCGGGUAAAGGGAAGGGUCGGAUGAUAUCGGAUAGCGAGGAUUCAGCGGCCAGUUCAGAUGGAGAGGAUCUAAGAGGAGAAAGCAGCGAUGAAGGUAGUGUCUCAAGUGCCUCAAGUAGCUCGACAAAACACUCAAUAGCUCAGAAACAUGGAAUCUCAUCUCCCACACCGUUAUCCUUAGAUGAUGAAGGGGGAUCUUCCAGUCGCUCUCUUCCUUCCCGGUCGAAAAAACGUGAGGAAUCACCCAUAUCAAAAUCCUUGUCAAGAGUCAAACUUCCCCUUCCCUCCACUAGCUCCGCACCUAAGCCCCCUUCAUCCGCCAUUGAUCCUGUCACAACAACUAGAACCUCAUUCGAAUCACUCGGUCUGUCAAAACCCCUCAUCGCAGCUUUAGCAACAAUCAACAUCCGCCACCCAACUGAGAUUCAAUCAGCUUGUAUCGGUCCCAUGCUGGCUGGACGGGACGUGAUAGGUGGUGCCAAAACAGGUAGUGGUAAAACGCUGGCCUUCGCUUUACCAAUCGUGGAACGUAUAGCGCGGGAUCCCUUUGGCGUAUGGGCUGUGAUCUUGACUCCCACCAGAGAGCUAGCAUAUCAACUGUCUGAGCAAUUCUUGGUGGUUGGUAAACCCCUAGGACUGAACACCAUCACCGUGGUGGGAGGAAUGGAUAUGCUACAGCAAGCGAAAGAGUUAGAGGCGAGACCACAUGUGGUUGUUGCUACCCCUGGAAGACUGUGUGAUUUGCUCAGAAGUGAUGGGAUGAGUACAGGCAAGCUGAGUAGGGUCAAAACUUUGGUUUUGGAUGAAGCGGAUCGACUUCUUACACCUACUUUUGCUCCUGAUCUAGCAUAUCUCUUUGCCCAGAUGCCCACAAAGCGACAAACAUGUCUGUUUACCGCCACGGUCAGCGAAGCCAUCAUGGAUCUCGCGAAGAGACCACCGACUUCUGGCAAGCAACCCCCUUUUGUCUACCGAGUCAAAUCAGAUACCUUGACAGUCACGAAUCUUAAGCAAAAAUAUCUAUUCAUCCCUAGUCAAGUCCGCGACCCCUAUCUAUACCACCUACUCCUCAAUCCCCCUUCAGAUAUCGACACCGCUCUCCGAGUCUCUCCCAUCAAUGUAAAAUCUGUAUCCGAAAGUAAGAAACGUAAAUCUCGUCCCAAAAACGAAGAAGACGAUCCAGAACCUGCCGUCCAUAUACCUUCAACGAUUAUCUUCACCCAAAGAUGCGCUACUGCUCAUCUCCUACACCUCCUUCUCAACUCUCUCGACCUGCCUUCCGUCCCACUUCAUUCACAUCUCUCUCAGCCACAACGGCUUCUAUCUCUAUCCCGCUUCAGAGCUGGGGAAGUACCAAUCUUGGUGACUACCGACGUUGGUUCGCGUGGGUUGGACAUACCGGAAGUGGCCAUGGUGAUCAAUUGGGAUUGUCCUCGACGAUCUGAUGAUUAUGUCCACAGAGUCGGUCGAACAGCUAGAGCGGGAAGAGGCGGUGUGGCGGUCACUAUCGUCACCGAAAGGGAUGUGGAACUGGUCAAGAUGAUCGAGGAUGAGAUAGGGGUACGGAUGGCGGAGCUUACUCUUCCGGAGGAAACAGUAUUGGAGAAACUCAAUCAGGUCUCUUUGGCUCGAAGAAUGGCCACGAUGGAAAUGCACGACUCUGGCUUUGGUGACCGGCAAGCCACCAACAAGGCCAAGCAGAUCAAACGUCAACGGCGGGAUCGAAAAGCGGUUGGCCAAUAGGCUCAAGACCUCCAAAGUCAUCUUUCCCCCUUCAAGCAAUUCUGAUUUCGUUAGGGUCCGACAUGCUUCUCUUUUAAGGGAGCAGUGUCAUCGUCCAGCGGAGUAUUGGUAUGCAAGCAAGUGGGAACGAGCCAUAGAAGACAUGCAAACUUCGAGUCCCGGUUUUCA